AUGAACCAAGAACAGCGUGCUUCCAUUGAAACCUCGACAGACGGAGCAGAGAAGCCCAAUGGGCGUGUUGCUGACGUGGAGAUUACUUCAAACAAGUCCAAGAAGGAGAAGAAAGAGAGGAAGGAUAAGAAGGAUACUACCGUGAAGGAGGCGAAAAAGGCUGGCGAAGUGGAGAAGAUAGAAAGUAAAUCUACGUCGAAGAAAGUGAGUGCGGUGUCAGAUACCCCGGAGAAACUGGCAAAAGGUGAGAAGGGGAACGCCAGCCUUCAAGGUGCAGGGAAAUCAGGUAAGGGAGAAAGGUCCAAGACGAAGAAGAGCAAGGCAUAG